UUAAUGUGCGGCAGAAAUUUGGAAAGAAGCCAGGGGAGUGGUGAAGUAUUUAAUAAUUAAGGUAACUUUGGGCAGCUCAGAGCUUCAGAACAACAGCAAGAAGCAAACAAGCUAUUUCAUAAUGGAUAUAUGUACAGCAAAUAAUGCAUUCACCAUUGAUGUUUUAAAAGAAGUUAGUAAAAAUUCUGCUGGCCAAAAUGUAGUCUUUUCAUCUAUGAGCAUCAUGAUUUCCUUGGCAAUGGUGUAUCUGGGAGCUCGUGGUAACACAGCAGGAGACAUGAGGAAGGCUCUUCAUUUUGAUGAUAUUGAAGAUGUUCACACUCAUUUCCAAGUUCUUCUGAAAGAGAUGAUGAAAAAUAAUAAUGAUUACACCCUGACCACUGUCAACAAACUAUUUGGUGAAAAAAGAUACAACUUUCUUCCAUCUUUUCUAAAAGCCAUCAACAAGUUUUAUGGCACACCACUUGAAAAGGUUGAUUUCAGUUUUAACCCAGAGGCUACACGGCAGUACAUUAAUGCUUGGAUUCAGCAGAAGACUAAAGGAAAGAUACAGAACCUGCUGCCUGAAACUUCUAUAUCAUCAAAUACUGCUCUGGUGGUUACCAACACAUUGUACUUUCUAGCAAACUGGACAACACAAUUUAGUGAAGAAGCCACCAGCAAGGCUCCUUUCACGCUAAUAACGAAUGAACAAAUCAAGGUGAAUAUGAUGGCUACAAUGAACACUUUUAAUAUGAACAGGAUAGAGAAACUGGGAAUGAGUGUUCUUGAGCUUCCAUAUGGGGACAAGAAAGACCUGAAUAUGAUCAUAAUGCUACCUGAUAACAGCACAGUUUUAGCCAAGGUCGAUAGAGAGAUUUCAUAUGAAAAACUAAACAAAUGGACAAGUGAGAAUAUGAGUCCAAACUACAUGACAGUGUACCUUCCACGUUUCCGAAUGGAGAAAAGUUUUUCUCUCAAGAAAGUUCUAUCUUCCUUAGGGAUGUCAAGUGCAUUCAGUCAGGGCAGGGCAAAUUUCUCAGGAAUGGAGAGACAGCAGACGCUCUAUGUAUCUGAUGUCCAUCACAAGACAUUCCUCGAAGUGAAUGAAAAAGGCACGGAAGCUGCCAGUGCUACUGGUUCUGUAAUGUCAAUCCGCAGCUUAGCAUAUGAGGAGUUUAAGGCAGAUCGUCCUUUCCACUUUUUCAUAAGACACAACAAGAAUAAUUGCAUACUAUUAUAUGGAAAAUUCUACAAGCCUUAAAAAUUUCAGAAGGUGAAAGACAAUAAGAUGCUUAGAAAUCCAAAUGCAUAUACUCUAAUUAUCUAUUUUUAUAUGAGCAUGUACAUUUCUCUUCUGUAAUAAAAUACUGUAAUAAAAUAUUAGAUAUUAACCUAAAAUACAGUUUUAUGAUUUUAAAAAUAUUUUGCU